AUGCCUAAACAACUAAGCCAACUGCGCAGUUGGCUUAGUGAUUUAGGCGUUGACCUGUGCACUUAUCACUUUAUUAUAUUUAUAAUGGCAAGAAGUACAAACAAUAGCAUAAUAGAUACUCAUACUGCAGGUAUGCUAAGUGCCCGGCAAAUUUUUAAAUCUUCACUCAGAGUCAGAGAGGAAAUCGAAAACGACCAUGAUCAGCAAGAAGGAAGCCAUCUUUUUAAAAACCUAUACACAUCACACUCCAGAGAAACUACCCAAGCUCCACUGCAUUUCGUCUUUACUUCGCAAGCGUUGUAGAAAAAAAGAUGCAAAACAAAGACGAAUGAUGAAAUUAUCUAUUGGAAAUAACAUUACCUCCUUCUCCGAUUAAUAGAAUCAUUCAGAAAACGCGAAGAUCUAGGUCGUUGCUUUGUGUUCAUGCUCAUGUAGCUCUACAACAACUUCAUGCACGACAAAGGGUCACAACUAUUUACUAGUUGCCAUCCUGAGUAUAAUGAUAAAGCAGCCCUGCUUGGUUGUC